UGACAUUCGCAUUAUGCCAAAGGAAAUGAACAGAUUUGUGCCUUGCAUUUUGACAUGCAAUAUGGAGGUUUGUUUGCUGACUGUACUGGAAGAAAACUUCAACAUGUUCCAGACUACCUUCCGGAAAAUAUAACAGCUCUGGAUAUGAGUGAAAAUAAUCUGAACAUUCUCACAAAUAACACUUUUUACAUGAUUAGGAAGCUCAUCUACCUUAAUAUCAACAGAAACCCGCUGUCAGAGUUUGAACCAGAAGCAUUCAGGGGCUUGUUUAAUCUCACUAAACUUCUCCUUGCUCGGAACAAGCUGCGAUCAGACAGAGUAUCUUUCCCUGAGGAAACCUUCCAUGACCUUGUGAGUUUGCACAAUCUAAAUCUUGAAAAGACUGAAAUAAGUUCAUAUCCGGAUUGGGUGUUUCCUCCUCUCGUCAAGCUCCACAGUCUGUAUAUCGACCCAGUUCCUGAUACUUUGUUUGGUCCAGGAUUCUCCAACCUAACAAAUCUGAAAGUACUCCAGAUGGACUCCAGGUUUAUAUACGGAGGCAAAUGUUCAACAGAAAAAUUAAGAAAUGAAACAUUUCAGAGUUUCAGUGAAACAAAGCUUGAGGUUUUGGUUUUAAAUUACUGUGGUAUAGAUGACUGUGAGCCAGGCGUUCUGGAGCCACUAUUGUUUCUAAAACGGUUGGAACUAACCCACAAUCAGAUAGGAAACCACAACGCUUUACGUCUUCUCUAUCCCUUCGGAAAUCUGAACAUGACCAGGAUUUGGUUCAAUGCUACAUACAAGAACAAAAUGCAAGAUGAAAAAGACCUUGUCGAUAAAGGCCUGACUAACGAAAGCAUGCAUUAUCUGAACAAAAUAUGUGUCACUGGUAUCUUUGAGAAGCAACAAUUAUACUUAGUCGAUUAUGCAUCAGUCUACAAAGAUCCAUUUGAAAGUUGUUUGAAAGUUCUAGAUUUGUCUGACAACUUUUUGGUUGGGGAUGUUGUUUUACUAUUUUUCCUUUUUAGAUUUUCCAAACUUGAAUAUUCAGAUUUCAGCCUGCAGAAAAUAGACGGUGACUUUCCGAGGACUCAAAGUUAUGAAACAUUAGGUAAAAACAUAACAGUAACAGUCACAUUGCCUCCUAAAAUUAGAUAUUUUGGUUUAACUGCCGUAUCAGGAUCUUCAAAAUUCAUCCAAGAAAUUGUAUUUCAAAACACACACAAUCUUGAAACUGUUCUGCUGCCUUCUAACAUGUUUCUUGGUUUAAUGAACAUUGGGGGUUUAGAAAAUGUUAGCAAUGUUGAUUUAUCAGGAAACAAGUUUGAUAAUGUGUUUGAUUUUCACUCAUUUGAAAACGUAACACAUUUGUCAUUACGAAAUUGCAAGUUACAAUUUGCCCAUAUAUACAUAGUCUCCAACAAUCCAGUGCGAUAUCGUAAUACUUUACUGAAACUCUUUGGGUUGGGCAUUCAAUAUUUAACAGCCAAAGAUUUUGAUUUCACCCUCUUUGUCGCGUAUUGUGAGGCUGACAUUCCUUUCGUCUAUCGGAAAGUACGACCAGAGCUGGAACUGUGUAAUCAGCCUGUGCGUCUGUUCCUGAAGGAUCGGGAUGUUCUUCCAGGUGUUCCUAUCGCCGACGGUAUUAUUUGCGGUACCACUAACAGUUGGAAGUCUGUUCUGGUGAUUUCAGAUGACUUCCUUCAAGAUUGUUCUCAGUGGUCACAAUUUACCAUUGAUGCAGCACUUUACUCGGUAACAGAUCUGAUUCCUAACCGGAUCAUUGUGCUACUUGUGGGCCCUGUACAGGUGGAGGACCUACCUGAGCGUCUGCUGAAUGUUGUAGAGGAGAAGUGCAUAUUGCGUGUAGAGGAUUACCAGGUCAACGGAGACGGGACUCUGUGGAAGGAUCUCAGAAAAACUGCUGGAAUCUAACGUGUUGAAAGUUAUUAAUAAGACGUUGAUGGUAACAAUAGCCAUAAUCUUGUGAUAUGAUCUAAAACAUUUAGAAAAAUGAUAUGGAAGCUAUAUUAGGACGAUAAAAUGCUUCAUCCCAGAGAUAUAACAUUUCAGUAGUUCAGCCAUAAUUUAAGAUUGAUGUCAUGCUUAUAUAUUUAUCUGAAUUUGUAACAACAGUUCAUAGCAGCACG